AUGGCCCCGAAGCAGCCGGAUGAGCUGCACAGCACCAUCGAGGCUGUCAAGAGCCUGGGCCCUUUCCUCGCCGAGAUGGAGCCCGUUCUGGGAUCAAUCCGCCAGAUGUUUGACGUGCUUGAGAGCCGCAGUCAUCAGGUCCCACGACCGCUCAUCAAGCGCUGGUAUGAGUGCAUCCAUGCGGUUCCUGAUCUCAGAGAUCGGGCAGAGCGGUGGCAAAAUACCUUCCGCAAGGACCUGCGUGGCAAGUUCAACAUGAAAAUUGCGGAGAAGGCCAAAUUCCUAGCCGCACAGGUGGAAGAAUGCCGUCUGGUGCUGGAGGAGUAUGCCUGCAAGGCAGAGAUCAUUACGGAAGUUGGUUUUCGGAUAGGCCGCUUGGAAAGCUGGGUAGCGAGCAGUUCUUUUGCUGCCGUCUUGACAUCGGCCUUCCUUGGACGGUACGACUUGAUCAACAUUGGCCGGAGGGGCGGCACAGACAUCGAACUCCUCUGGAGUGUACUCCGUGCUGUGGCAAACGAGUGCGUGCUGCUGCUCACAAUCCUGUGCCAUGAGUUUGGGCACGGCAAUAUGGCGAGAUAUCUGGGUGGCGAGAUUAGCCACAUCUUGCUUUGGGUUUUCGGUGGAAUUUGUUUCCACACCCGACCACGCAAUGACUCAGCAGACAACACAAUUCUCCUGAAAAACGACUUGAUGGUGGUUGCCGCAGGCCCCUCCACGCACUUCGUCCAAGCGCCUCUUUGGGGCCUGGUGCUCUGGCUCCUCUACCUUUGGAUCGAAGCACAGGGCGGCUCAACGGGCUAUCCCUCUGCCUGGGCUGCGUUCACCGACUCUCUGAAUCCACUUGGAGGUGGCGCAUCCUGGUUCUGGGUAGAAUACACCAUCAACCAGUGGAUGGCAUUGCUGUGGAGUGUCGUCGCAAAUGCCAUCUCCCUCAACGUCGCUCUGUUCCUCUUCAAUGUCUUCUUUCCCAUGUACCCCGCCGACGGCGCGAAGCUUCUGGUGACGAGCCUCAUGUUCUUCUGCGGCGUCCCCGCGCGGAAGGCGGCCAUGGUCCUGAUCUGCACCUCCGUUCCCUGCGCCCUCGCCAUGAUCGGCUACACCGUCUACGCUCUGUUUGAGGCGGGCGUGCGUGGGCUCAUGGGUAGCUUGAUGGGCUGGAUGGGUGUGAUGAGUCUGAUGGAGGCUCGGAACAUCUACAAGCUGCGCAAGGCGCGCCAGCUCCACACCCACCCGCUCUUCGAGGUCGCCAAGUCCUGGCGGCGCACGGAGCGCGAUGCAUUCGGCGUGGUUCAUCGGAUUAACCAUUCCGACUUUGAUGACGAGGCACCUCUGACAAGUGGUGGUUGGAGGAACUUUUGCAGCUUGUUUCGACGCUCAGAGCCCACCGAGCAACGGCUGGUCGAGCCAAGUUCACGCAGCAGAUGCAUUUGCUGUCCUUGCUUCGACUUCGUCGGCUCACGCAGCACCGUCGAGGAGCAGGAGAUCGUGCCACCCCAAGCCACGGCAACGGGACAGCAGGCGGCUUUGCGGGCGCAGCGCGACCAGUUUGUGCAGAGGAUGGAACAGCAACGCAUGGAUCAGACGCGAACUGUGCGGGAUCUCACGGCGGAAGAGCGCAGUCCGUCCUCGCGGAUCUGA